AUGGAGGCGAACGAAAAGCAACAAGUCAACUAUGGUCAGGAAGAAGAGCCAGCCCUUGAAAAAUGGAACGGGACCCGGGUAAACACGUUUCGCUACCUCGCCACUCUGUACAGCUUCAUCGUCAUGGGAAUGAACGACGGAGCUAUUGGCGCUUUACUUCCAUAUAUCGAAACGUAUUAUGACAUUUCGUACACGAUCGUGUCCCUGCUAUUCCUGGCACCUUUUGUCGGGUACAUCGUGGCCGCAUUAUCAAACAACUUCAUCCACAACUCGCUAGGUCAGCGCGGCAUCGCCAUCAUCGGGCCAAUCGGCAGAACGCUCGGUUUCCUUCCGCUAGCACUGCACCCGCCGUAUCCCGUCCUACCUUUCGCCCUACUGGUGGCUGGGUAUGGAAACGGGCUCGAGGACAGCGGCUGGAACGCCUGGAUUGGCAACAUGCAGAACUCCAACGAGCUUCUCGGUUUCCUCCACGGCGCUUAUGGUCUCGGAGCAACAGUCGGCCCCCUGAUUGCGUCGGCGAUGGUCACGAAGGCAGACCUGGAAUGGUAUACCUUCUACUAUGUGAUGACCGCGAUGACGGGCUUCACCUUCAUCCUCACGGCGACGGCGUUUUGGGGAGCCACGGGACAGGUGCACCGAGACAAGCAUCCUUCGUCGACGGACGGCACGGACCGCACAUCGAUAAUGACGGUGAUCCGCAAACCAAUCACAUGGCUGCUGUCGUUCUACCUUCUCGCGUACGUCGGGGUAGAGGUCGCUCUGGGCGGUUGGAUUGUGACUUUCAUGCUGCGGGUACGGCAUGCGGAGCCGUUUCUCGCAGGUAUCACGACGGUGUUAUUCUGGCUCGGCCUCACGUUAGGACGUCUCGUCUUGGGGUUCGUCACCGGCCGGGCCGGAGAGAAGAGGGCCAUUGCAGUUUAUGUACUCCUCUCCAUCGUCUUGCAGCUGCUGUACUGGCUCGUGCCCAGUUUCGUUGCGUCGGUCAUCUUCGUCAUGCUUCUCGGAUUCUUCCUCGGACCGCUGUUCCCCGCGGCCAUCGUUGCUGCCGCAAAGCUUCUACCCAGCGACAACCACGUCAGUGUCAUUGGAUUCGCAGCAGCGUUUGGUGGUGCUGGAGGCGCCAUCAUACCUUUCGGGAUCGGAGCGAUAGCAAACAGCCGAGGGGUUUGGGUCCUUCAGCCUAUUGCCCUCGCAGUUUUGAUCGUCCUUCUCAUCUUGUGGGUGUGCUUUCCGGGUGGCUACAGGAAAGGCGGGUUGGAGGAAGCGAGAAGGAACAAAGAGCCCAUUGGCAAUGAUUUUCGGGACGUCUUCCAUACGGCAAAGAGGGCGGUGACAUCAGGAUAG